AUGAGGGUCAGACGCCUGCAGAGCUACCUAACAGAGCGCAACCUACUGAAAAAGAGUUCACUGGAUGACAUAAAGAAUUUAACAUUAGGGGUAGAUGCCCUGUACUUUUUACGAACAUGCAGUGAUUUAAAAGAUGUUCUAAGUGACGUAUCGGGAUGUAUUUCCCCAUGUAUAUUUCAUCUGAUGGAUAAACAAUGUGAGCAUUUCAAGAGGUUAAAUAUGGAUGUGAUAUUUGUGUUUGAUGGGAUUACGCCCAGGGCCCACAAACUUUUUUCAGCACCAGUGCACCAGAACAUAGAACAAGGAUGGCUGUACUAUGUGAACAGGGAGAAGAAGCUAGCCAAAACGAAUUUCGAAAAAGUAUCCAACAUGUGUAGUUCAGAUAUUGCUUUUAUAUUAUUUCAUUAUUUAAAAAGUAAAGGAUUCAAAUGUAUGUAUGCUCCUUAUCUAGCUAUUUCACAGCUGUCCUAUUUUUUACAUGUGCAUAUGAUAGAUGUAGUUUUUGGUCCUCCAACAAUUAUCCUGCAGAAUGUAUCCAAGGUUAUUAUAAAUUUUGAAUGGAAGGAGAAUUAUUUUGAAUGGGUGGACGUAUUAUUUUUACUCCAUGUCUGGAACGUAACGAAUGAGCAACUACUUGAUGCAUGUUUAUUAGCAGGUACGGAAUAUUGUUUAACUUUCCCUUAUUUAAAUUUACCUUACUUUAACCAUGGGAGGAAUGAGUUCAGCUUUGAGACAGCCAUCGAAUUCAUUCAACAGGCGUCACUUGUAAACUACCUAGAACAACUUCCGAAUGAUAAAAUGGGGGCAAACCAUAUUCAAGGGUAUUGUGUUUGUAAAGCGCUUUUGAAAUUCCCCAUCGUUUUGCUUUGCACUGGGGAGGUGGAUUUUUUCUCCAACAGUGUUGAUGUGAAAGGGGAUGACUUGGAGGCAAAUGGGACAGAGGGAAAAGACAUGGUGGAUGGGGGAGGUGAAGACCGCUCAACGGUGCGCGCGGUGGAAAAUGCAUGCAACGGGGACGUGCACAAUGUCCACAAUUCGCUUCGUGAUGGUGGUGCCCCGUUGGAAGUGACGCGAAAAGUGGGGAAGGAACAUAGCGGCUUAUCUCCAACGCGCGGUGACCCAAGUGCAUUAGGCGGAGCGGGCGACGCAAGCGAAAAUGUGAGCAUCGAGUAUAAAGAGGGAUGUACUGUGCGAAGUGGAGAAGAAAACAGUGCGCCGUUUAGUAAAUCCUAUAAGAAUGGCGAAGCGGAUAAGAAAAACAUCGGAUGUUUGGUUUAUGGUAAUGAUCAAGUUCAGAGCAAUGAAUGUACUAACCCGAGCGAUGGAGCGAAUUGCCUUAAUGAGGAAGACAUGGCGGGGGAAGGCAAUUUCAAGGGAAAAGAGAAAACAGAAAAAAAAAUAAAAAGCUUCAAUGCUGAAGGUGUAAUACCGGAAAAUUAUUUAAAAGUGGUUGGAGCGAAGUUUCCGACGACCGUUUAUUACUUAAUGUCCAUUGGACUUUUGAGUAAAAAGAUUUUAUGUGUCUUGGCUUUAGGAGAAUGGAUAGACUACACACACCCUAUAAUCGAUUCGUAUGAGUAUAGGGAUUCUCUGAUAGACUUAAGAGAGUACCGGUGCCGGAUGUUAGGACUCAUUUCUGUGAAAUUGAACCCUUUUUUUUACAAAAGGAAAAUAAAAUUUUUUGAUUAUGGGUACUAUGUGAAUAACAUUUUGGACGGCAAGGACAACUUCACGUACCUGAAUGUACACCUGGUGGAUGGUUUUUUGUGGGACAUCAAUAAGGACAACGUGAGGGAAGAGUUAAAGAGACAGAACGUCAGGAAGGUUGACUUGCAGUUCAUUUUGCGGUGGCACUUGUACGCGGAGAGUAGGAGCAUAUCGCUUGUGUGUGGCAGGGCUGAGCCGGACGGGGGGAGUAUGCGCGAUAGGAGUGUGGACAGCUCCAGGAGUGGAAGCAGCGAUAUUAAUAGAAGCGGAGCGAAUGGCUUCGUUACGGGAAGGGAUUCUGAGCAGUUAGGGAGACCGACGGAAGAAGCGCCGCAGAGGUUAGGAGGGUACACAGGCGAGGAGAAGGAUGAGGAAAAUGCAUCAAAACAGGGUGAUGCGUCGGACGUGGAAAGUGCACCCGAGGGAGAGCCCCGCGCAGAUAAAGUGACAGAGCAUUACAACGACUACUACACAAAACUGCUCAAGGUGAGCAACCAGAACUUUGAAAGUAUGCUCUCUCUGGUGUACUACAUGUUUUUGGAAAAUCUGGGCUUCUUCACAAAAAAUUGUGGCGUCACUGUUUUUGGACUUCUACUUUCAAAAGUCAGAAAUAAAGACAUGGACAGCAACCUUUUUAUUAUAUUUGAAUUGUUGAAGUUUGGUUUUUUAACGACUGAGCCAUUGGUACCUCCAAAUGGAGAGUCCUACCCAGAGAAUGCUUACGCGUCUGUCUUGAACUGUAAUAAUUUGAGUGAACAAGAUAAAAAAAGUGUUACACUUUUGUCUCGCAUAUAUUCAUUAUAUAAUGUGGACAUCGAUAAAUGUAGAACGUAUGAUGGGUUGAUUGACUUUGAUCUGUGUGCCUUUUUUGCUGUUGUGAAAAUAAUUAAAAAAACUUUGAGACAGGUGCUUCAGGCUUGUGUGGCCAAUGUACUUAUAAGUAAUAUGGAUUUAAUUCACCUUUUGCCGGAGAAUUUAUUCAACCCUAAUGAGAGCCAUAUUUCUGGUUUUUUCGUAACACACCACCUUAUGGGUGUUUUAACGAAAUAUUUUUUGCUAUUCAAUUUUGACGACAUAAGAAGGGGGGAAACGGGUUUCCCCGACGGUUCAGGGGCAUCCACCAGUGAAGGAGAAACGACUACCUCUGAUCGAGCACAUGGGGCAGGUAUCAAAUGUGCAGGGGGAGUAGAUGGAAAGAUUAAUGGUGAAAUGAACGUGGGAGGUGUGGAACACAAUAACUCGAAGAGUAACCACGUAAAUCAAAACGAAAAGGUUAGCAAAACGGAGCACGCUGAACAAGGAAGCCUUCAAGCGUUGAAAAGUAAUUGUUCGAGCACCGAUGCGAAUAUGCCUAAUGGGGGGGAAAAAACAAACGGUCCUAUCAGUGUUAAGGAUUGCAUUGCACAUAAUAAUAGUAAUAACAAACCGAGUGAGGACCAUAUCUAUGAGGCAGACAGCACUGUGGAAGAUUUGUGCACUGAUGAGGGGAAAGGGCUCAUCGGUGGAGAGAUUGAAGGAGAGAGAAGUGGACCAAAUAAUCACGACAUAAUAGAGGGGAAGGACGCACGCAGGAGCAGCAGGCAGGGAGAUGGUAGCGACAGCUAUGAAUGUGAAGAGACGGAGAACGGAGAAAGGCGAAAUGGCCAUUACCCCAAGGGCCAAGAUAAUUCACAAAACAACUUUAACGAAUUUGAAAAGGCGGUGAGGAAAAACUUCCCGAGCUUCUUAAACCCAAUCAUUGAUUUAUGUAAUGCCAUAAACACAUGGAGGGAUCACCUAAGUUUGAUCACGCAGCUGGAGAAGCAUACCAAUGUGUACGACUUGGUUUCAGACCUGAAGGCGGCAGAUCAGUUUUUGCAGAAAAAAAUUCACUACAUAGGAUUGGACAGGACGACGGCGUACAGGAACAUUUGCACUUCGAACAACGCGUAG